CCGCCGUUGGAGGGGGCGUGAGGCGGCGGCGCAGGCGCCUGGCGGCGGCUGGCAGCGGCCGGGGCCCGCGGCAUCAUGAUGUGGUUCGGCGGCUCCAUCCCGGCUGCCAUCGCCGCCGCCAAGCAGCGGAGUUCGGUCUUUGUCGUGUUCGUGUCAGGUGAGGAUGAACAAUCUGCUGAAAUGGCUGCAAGGUGGGAAGAUGAGAAGGUGACUGAAGCUGCCUCAGAUGGUUUUGUUGCUAUCAAAAUUGACACCAAAAGUGAAGCAUGCCUGCAGUUUUCUCAAAUUUAUCCUGUAGUGUGCGUUCCAUCCAGUUUUUUUAUAGGAGACAAUGGAAUCCCUUUGGAAGUUAUUGCUGGCAGCAUUUCUGUUGAAGAGCUCGUUACCAGAAUCCAUAAAGUUAAACAGAUGCACAGAGUAAAAGGGCAGCCUUUGGAAAAUGGAAGUCAGUCAUCUGCUCCCUGUCCCUCUUCUCAACCUGAUGGUGCUUCAGAAAAUACACAAUCCAGAGCAGUAGAGUUUUGUGAGUCUCCUGAGUCUGUUGUGUCUGAGACAAUAAGACCUUCUGUUGGUAAUGAUGGAGCAAAUUCAGGUCAAGCAAGCCAGGAGGCAACUAAUUCUUCAGAUGAGCAAGCGAGUGCUGCUCGGCCUGUGAAUGAUCUUACACUCAAAGUAGAAAGAAUAACAAAAAAGCUUGAAGAAAGACGAGAAGAGAAGAGGAAAGAAGAAGAACAGAAAGAAAUUAAGAAAGAAAUUGAACGGAGAAAAACUGGUAAAGAAAUGUUGGAGUACAAAAGACGACAGGAAGAAGAAUUGACAAAACGUAUGUUAGAGGAAAGGAACAGAGAAAAGGCAGAAGAGAAGGCUGCUAGAGAGCGUAUAAGACAACAGAUUGCAAUGGAUCGUGCUGAGAGAGCAGCUCGCUUUGCAAAAUCGAAAGAAGAAGCAGAAGCUGCAAAAGCUGCAGCUCUUCAGGCUAAACAGGCUGAAAUAGAGGCCAGAAAAGAAGCAUCUCAAAAGGAGCGAAGUGCAAUAGCCAGGAUUCAGUUCCGCCUCCCAGAUGGAUCUUCCUUUACUAACCAGUUCCCAUCUGAAGCACGACUGGAAGAAGCAAGGCAGUUUGCUGCACAGACGGUUGGUAAUGCUUAUGGCAAUUUUUCACUGGCAACAAUGUUUCCCAGAAGGGAGUUUACCAAAGAAGAUUAUGGAAAGAAAUUACUGGAACUAGAGUUAGCACCCAGUGCUUCGGUGGUGUUGCUGCCGGCGGGAAGACCUGCUACUUCUGUUGUUCAGGCUUCAGGCAGUGAUCUGUGGAAGUUCUUGGGCACAAUACUUUAUCCCCUCUUAGCAGUUUGGAGAUUUAUUAGCAACUUCCUGUUCACAAGUCCACCCCCCUCCCAGUCUACUAUGAGAUCAGGUCAUCAGCAAGACCAUUCAAAUCCUUCAGCGUCUAGCAGCGUGGAGCAAAGCAGGCAAGCAGUCAGGAAACGAGUAGUGGAAAAGCGGGGGGAAGACUUCAAAAAAGAAGGCAAAAUAUAUAGACUGAGGACUCAAGAUGAUGGAGAAGAUGAAAACAAUACUUGGAACGGAAAUUCUACACAACAAAUGUAGUUUUGAGUAACUGCAGUAAUCACUGUCUGGCGCUUUCUUUUUUUUUUUUUUUUUUUUUUUCUUAUGUGAUCUAAGUCAACUAAAGCUUCUGGACAAGUGGGGCUUAUUUUACACUGACUGAAUUACUUAAUUCUUUUCCUGCAGUGGAGUAUGGAAUAAAGUCACCGAAGUCAGAAAAAUCAAGUGGGUGUGGCUGAGGCCUAGAAGCAAAGUGUUAAAAAGACUGAAAAUCUCCGUCAGCUUUCAUAAUCAUUACCCUACUGCCAUAGGAAGGCACUUUUUAAUCUAUAAAUAUUCUGCUAUAUAAAUUUAAGGGCCAGAUAUAUUAAUAUAAAGGUCAUGGUAGGCAAUGACUGAUUAAAAUGAGGGUUUCAGAAGCACUAUAAGUAGCAAAUCAGGUAACUAAUUUAUGUUUAACUUUUUUCUUGCUUCUGCAACUGCAAGCAAAACCUUGUAGUUUUUAAUUCCCCAAGCACUCAAUAAACUAUUUUCCAGAAAAUGUAACUAUCUUCUCUCGUAAAGUUCCUCUGAAGUACUUGUGUCCCAAAGAAGCAAGCAGUUAGGGUCAUAUAUUGAAACUUAAAAUAUAGCGGACAAACUUUUUAUUUCAGUUUAAAUGACCUCACUUGGGCCUUUUUCAUAUUCAGAUCUGAAAUAGUGUUUUGGGUCCAGGUGAUGAUGGUACAGGAAGAAAGAAGAUGGGUCCUUAUCAGAUAAAAUGGAAAUGUUGUUAGCAGUGGGCUGCAGCACAGGAACCUCAAAGAAUUUCCUUUGGAGGAGGAAGGGUCGUAGCCUUCCCCCCCCCACUGUACCAACUGUGCAUCUCAGUGUCAGAGACAUUUAAUUAAGUGUCACACUCUGUUCAAAUGUGAAGGCAUAGUACUAGGGCCACUUCCAUUUUAUUUUUUUUAUAAUUUAUGAUACAUAAUUCAAAAAAAUACAUGAAAUAAAGUUCAUUCUCCUAGCCCCGUUUUCACCAGUACAGACACUAACUUAUCUCAGAAGCACUAAGAAGCAGGGGAGCUCCCUCAGAGACCUGCAUCAUCCAGGGGGAGAUGGUGAAGUGAGAACAGAUGAACGUUCCAGUUCAGAGUCCCUAUGCAGAUAGGAACAAGCAAUUGUACUUUUGUCUUUAAGAAAUCACAUUAAUAAUGCCUGGGGAGAAAAGAGAAAGUUAUCAUAGAAAAGAAAAUUGCUUUUGUAUUUUAAAGUUCAGUAUUAAAGUAUUUUGAACAA